AUGUCCGAAUCUCCAACCCCAAAUUUCAAAAUAUGCACUUUAAUAUAUAAGUUAAAUCCGUCAAAGUAUGUCUCUCGAUCUUUUAGAAUUAAUAAGUGUGAUACACUGGAUCAAAUUAAGGAAGCAAUUUCAACCACUUUUCGACUUCCUGAAUUUGAUCUAUAUGAUGGAUGUGAGCUAAUCACAAAAUCGUACGAAUCGUUUAAGAAUGGAAGGUAUCACGAAAUUUCUUCUCCCGGUUCCGGCCCUCCACAGGAACCUAUUGAUGAAAUUAUCGAUCGUAUUCAGAGGGUUAGUACAAUUGACGAUAAGAGUGACGACGAGGAAACAAUGGGAAGUGUUUCAGAAGAUUCGAACACAAGCAGUGAGCAUGAUCCGAUCAACCUCGGUGGUGAUAUGACGGAGACUAGAGAGCAUAAUAGAAGGACAGCGUGUGACUUCUGC